AUGUGCCCAACUACCCGCAAAAGGGUCGUCACUCGACAGGACAACAAAGCUACGAACAAGUCCACAGCGAAGGGUGCGACUGCCUCCAAGCGCAAAGUCGAAGACUCCGAAGAAGAAGAGUACGAGAGCGACGAGUACGGCAACGGAUCGAGUGAAGAGGAGGAUAACAAGACGACUAAGAGGCGCAAGGUUGCUGCUAAGCCUGCUGCAACAGCAACGAAGACUAAGGCUAAGAGAGCCCUGAAGAAGAAGAAUGGGGAAGAUAACACGCCUCUUGCGGCGAGGACGGCGGUGACGUCGUUGAAGAAGGCGAUGUAUAUCGGUGCGCAUGUUAGUGCGGCGGGUGGCGUACAAAACUCGAUCCAAAAUGCCCUCCACAUCGGCGCCAACGCCUUUGCCCUCUUCCUCAAAUCCCAACGAAAAUGGAACAACCCGCCCCUCGCCGCCGACGUCGCCAAGCAAUACCGCCAACUCGCAUCCUCCAACUCCUACGACUCGACGCUACACGUCCUCCCGCACGGGAGCUACCUCGUCAACCUCGCGCAGACGGACGCUGACAAGGCGGCCCAGGCAUACACGAGCUUCGUCGACGACCUGAAGCGCUGCGACGAGCUCGGCAUCCGCCUGUACAAUUUCCACCCGGGGAACUGCCUCGGCGGGGAUAAGGCCGAGGCGUGUGCGCGCAUUGCGGAGAGGUUGAAUAAGGCGCAUGCGGAGACGAAGCAGGUCGUUACCGUGCUGGAGAAUAUGGCUGGUGGUGGGAACGUAGUUGGGGGGCGGUUCGAGGAGUUGAGGGAUAUCAUCGAGGGUGUGAAGGAUAAGAAGAGGGUGGCUGUUUGCUUGGAUACGUGUCAUGCUUUUGCGGCUGGGUAUGACUUGAGGACGCCGGAGGCUUAUAAGAAGACGAUGGAGGAGUUUGAUGAGGUUGUUGGCCUGAAGUAUCUCAAGGCUUUUCACAUCAAUGACAGCAAAGCCCCGCUCGGCUCCAACCGCGACCUCCACGCCAACAUAGGCACCGGCUUCCUCGGCCUCGGCGCCUUCCACAACCUCGUCAACGACGAAACCUUCGCCGGCACGCCCAUGAUCCUCGAAACCCCGAUCGAGCGCAAGGGCCCCGACGGCAAGACGUUCGAGGACAAGCAGGUGUGGGCCGACGAGAUCAAGCUGCUGGAGUGGCUCGUGGGCGCCGAUCGGGAGUCGGAGGAGUUUAAGGAGAAAGAGGCGAAGCUUUGGAAGCAGGGGGAGGGGGAGAGGGCGAAGUUGCAGGAUCAGGUGGAUAGGAAGGCGGCGAAGGAUGCGAAGAAGGGGGUGAAGAAGGGGAAGGGGAGGGGGAGGAAGAAGGUGAAGGAGGAGACGGAUGAUGAUGAGAGUGAGUAG